AUGACUCGGAAAGGAUCUGGUUCACUCGUUGGGCUCUUUUCCCGGCUUCUGCCCAGCAAUCGCCCUGAGCAGGGCAAUACCCAUCGGGAUGAAGACGACAGUGGAGAAUCUGCCUACAUUGAUCUCGGCAUCAAACCCGAGGAGCUCACGCAAUGGAACAUUGCUGAAGAUCUGUCUCCCCACCGACGUGCUGAGCUUUUGAUGCAAGGUCAUCGCCGGACUGGCAGCCUCAGACUCAAGAAGCUCAGGGGAGACAGGAACAGGCCUGAAAAGCCAGAGCAGAAGGUCGAGAGUAUGACUGCUGCUCAGGUACAAGCCCUCCUGGAUUCAAAAGAGAGGACGCGAAAGCAGCGCCGCCAACUCAAAGCCAGCGGCGACUUCCUGCCCGUAGCCGGAUACGACCCCCAGACUGGGGAUUGGAACGCCUUAACGCCCACCGACACGCUCAGCUCAGACACCACGUCGCCAUCGGCCGACGAAAAAUUGAACGAGUUGGCACAAAACGUCAAGAAUGCCAAGAAGGCGUACAGCAGGGCCAAGGACAGGGAGUCAGCGGAGCGAGAGAAGAUGAAGUUGGAAAAAGCCCAAGCGAAGCUGGCCAAGAUUGAGAGGAGGAAGAACGAGCUCAAGCUGGACGACGGGACGGUCAAGUGGACUCGCCACGGCAGGCAUUGGUCUUCUGCCAUGGAACCAACUCUGAGUCCUAUCGCUCAGUCGUUGAUUAGUAGUACAGACGAGACGGCUGAGGAACCUAGCUUCUAUGGACGUGCAAGAAGCCUCCGGAUUUCUAGAAAAGGUAGCCCACUGAAGAUGGAAGACACGACAAAGGAGGGCGGCAGGAGUUACUCGGAAGAUACGACUAUUCAUACACCAGCAGAACGGGAAGCUAACCAUGUCACGUUCGCCAGUCCGGUAGUGACAUCUCCAGAUGACGGAUUUAAACAUCAACAUGAGGUAAACCGUGAUAGCAAGAAUCCUUUUUUAUGGGUAGGCUGGCGGCGGUCCCAAGUAUUGGAACGUCUGACCGCCACCCGUCACACGAUGGAUCUAUCAAACAUGGAAGGAAUGGAGCAGGCGAGAUCACAGUCGCUCAGCACUCUGAGCGACCUGAGACACUUCAUCGAUCUCAAGAUACCAGAUUGUCACCUGGACAUCAUUCCUCGGGAAGAAGGGGACACCAUGACCAAGAUUCCACCAGAUGGCGAGAUACUGGAGAUGUAUCCACCUCCGGACACCCCAGAGACGAUGGGAUCAAUCGAGUCCUCGGGCCAAAGCAGCACAACAUCUGCAUACCUAUCAGAUCUGAGCAAAAGCCUGGCGACCUCUACCCGCAGCACAAGCGGAGCUACAGCGACCUCAUCCCUGUCGAAGUCGAAAGAGCACAUGAAGCAGCCCUCCGACCUCCCAAGGUUGGGCCCAAGCCAGUGGGAUACCGAGUUGACCGAGAGCUUGGGGACAGAGCAAGUGAUGAUGAAACUGGGCAGUCAUAUGGGAGUAUCAGAAAGCACAGAAAGGUCGUCAGAGGAGGAUACAAUAGUCCCUCAGACGACGGCCCCGUCACAAAUACGCCAGAUCGAAGCGGGUCUCGAAGACAUAGGAGAAACAGGAGAGAAAAUAGAGACCGGCCCCCUGAUGAGACACGUAAAGUAUGUCUCCAUACCCACCAUCACCACUACUGGUUGCGAUCACAGUCUUGUGAGUCGACUGACGGCGCAAAGCCCACACGAUUGUCCCGAGGAACAGACGGAGGGAGCCAGCGCCGCUCAGCAGGUUAUGACGUCGAUGCAUGCCCACGGACGAAGUUGCAUGGCGCAGGCCGCCGUACAAGACCAGAUGGCGGCGACCUUCCCUCAAGCUACACCAUCGAGAGGCUUGCAGAGUCUCGAGCAGCAUCUCGAGACUCCAAAGAUCGGUAUAGCGUCAAGCCGAGACAAGACGCCACGCAAGUCCUAUCUCCGAGAGUGCUCACCAAAGAUAACCCGGGGGUGUCACAGCCCCAAAGGGGCCCAGAAAGCCGGUCCGUACCAAUCGUCGAACGGCAACCUGCAGGAGGCCGCGGUCCAGGCCGCAGCACGCACAGCAAUGUGGAAGUCCCGGGCCGGAGCGACAGGGGGGCAGUCACCGCCAGCAUCAGCUCAAACUCGAAGCCCACAUGCCAGCCUGCUCAUACCAUCGUUCAAGACUCUAUGGGUUCAGACGGGCGUAUCGAAAAAGACACCGCCACCACAACAACAACAACACCCACUGACAAGAUCCGCAAGCGCCGUCAGCGCAGACAUCGACGCUCAUUCCAAGUCUUUGCACCCAAAUAGCAAUAAUGCGAUCAUGGAUAAUCUAUUGGCGGCGGGCUUUGCAUGGUGGAACUUUUCUCGCCCAGCAUUUGAGCAGCAGAGCGGUCUAUGGAGAAGGAGACACAAGCAAGUGAGCACAUUUGGCGACUUGGUGGUCUUCUUGUCUGCAGGGCUAUUCUGUGCUACUGGCGCAGUAAUGGUCUGGUAUGGCCUGAGAUUGUUAAUGUGGCUCCUUGUAUGA